UGGUGUAUUAUAAACGGUCUUAAACUAAAUCCUAACAAAACAAAGGCAGUGAUUUUUGGAUCAGCACAAAAAUUGGCCGAUGUUCAGUGUGAAGUGAUUCCAAAUAUAGUUGUAAAUGAUACUAUAGUUGACUAUUGUAAAUCAGUAAAUUAUCGAGGAGUCAUACUUCAAGAUACUCUAAUUUGGUCCUUACAAAUUACUGAGGUUUGCAAAAGUAGCAUGAGAACAGAAAUUCUUGAGCCUCGCUUACGUCGAGGAGAUAUUCGUCAAAACUAUCUUGAGUUAUCGGUUUAUCAUUCAGCGAAGUAUGAAAAAUCAUUCUUGAUAUCUGAUUUUAAAAUCUGGAAUCAAUUACCAGCUGAUUGUACGACGUUACCAACGUUUAUGGAGUUUCGAAUUGCUUGUUAUGAAUAUUUUUUACAAUCUGAUAGAUCAUAG